AUUAAUAAAGUUCAUAAACGACGUACUAUACUAAUUUUUGUAAACAGAAUUGCAUGUUUUGAAAAAAUAUUCGAAAAAUGGAUAAUUCUGCAGAAAUAUUUUCCUCGUUACCAAAAGAGGUAUGUGAUGUUAGCCAUCUGAUCGGUAUCGAGCCGGGAACUAGUAAUAAGAAACCAGAAGAAACAAUAUGUGACUGGAUUCCAAAAAAAGAUCAAAAUGAUGAUUUUAAAUACAAAUUUUAUUCAUUAUACGAAACUAUUGAACAGAAUAAAUCUUCUUCGUGUUCUAAACAAAGAGGAAAAAAAUGUUUAAAUUCCAAACAAAGAAAAGCUUUGUUUAAUUUGAAUAAAGAUAAAUUGGAUUUCAAACAAUUCAAGGCAAUCAAUCAACUUUGGCAUUCUUAUCUGGAUUCAAUAUUGGAAGAUGUGAAAACUAAAGCCGAUGAAUUGAAAUUAGCAAGAAUUGAUUUACAUGGAGCCUAUCUUCUGGUAUGUAGCUCGAAAAAUCCCUCUGUUAUUGGUGUCAAAGGCUACAUGGUACAGGAAUCAAAAAAUACAUUUCGAAUUUUAAACAAUCAAAAUAGACUGUUGGAAAUUCCCAAACAUGGAACAAUAUUUGCAUUUAAACAUGGAAAUAGAUUAUACAAAAUUAAUGGUUAUAAUAUAAUGAUGUCGAGUUUCAAUCGUUCGAAAGCCAAACCCAAAAUGAAUUUCAUUAGUGAUUUAUAA